UCACAUAUCCAAAUUUGGACUUGUAGCAGUUUCCAAAGAAGAAGAAAAAUGCGUGAGAAAACUUACAACUCUUUCGCUGCAGCUUUCUUGAUCAUCCUCUCUACUAUGUUUCUUGUGAACCAUAAGUUAGGAGGACUUGGAGUUGAAGCCGCUCAUAGCUGCUUCCGCAGCGCAGACUGUGCAUCUGAAUGUCCAAGAGACGGAAUUUGCACUGAUUUUCAAUGUAAUUGCAUGAAUUCAAUAAUAGAGCCAUCUGAAUCUAAAGAUAAUAAGAAUGGAUCGGAUAAAUCUUGUAAACGUGAUGUCGACUGCUCUUAUAAAUGUCCAAAGGGUGGUUUAUGCGACAUGAACAGAGGUAAAUGUUUUUGCUGGCCGAAAGAUUAACAACCCAUGUAUCUAUAUAUAUAUGUAUCUCUGCUUCACUCCUUCAACGAGUGAAUUGUAGUGCUUUAAUUCAUAUCUUUCUGAUAUGAUUCCAAAUAAAAUUUACAGUCAUUUUCUAUCGUAUUAA